AUGGGAAACUGUGCCUCAUCCAAGACCAAGAGCAUCAAACGGCGUGACCGCCAGCCGCCGCCGGCGGUGACGGCGAAGGUGAUACACUUGGACGGGAGUUUGGAGGAGCACGAAGGGGCGGUGAGGGCGGGGCUGGUGGCGGCGAGAAGCCCCGGGUGCUACUUGUGCGCCAGCGAGGCGAUGGAGGUCGGAGCACACCCGCCGGGGGUGGCGGAGGCGGAGGAGCUCCAGCCGGGGCAGCUCUACUUCCUCCUCCCCGUCUCCUCCUCUUGCCAUCCUCUUUCCCUCCCAGACCUCUGCAUCCUCGCCAUCAAGGCCAGCGCCGCCCUCCGCCGCGGUUCCGCCACCCUGCUCUGCAGCCGGGGGACCAACAAUUGA